AUGUUGUCCCACCGACCAGCGUCGCGAUUCUUCAUCCUGACCGGCCUGGCCGUGUUCUUCAUCCUCACCAUAUCCUUCUUCCGGGUAUCGCCCAUGAGCCCCGAGACCCGAGCACCAGGCCAUCUGGUGCAGCAGCCGAAACCCAAGGCGAAGGAAGUCGAUAUCACGCCGUCGAUGCUGGCGGGGGAGUCGAUCAUGCCGACACUAGAGAAUAAGACGGCCAAGGCCGAGCUAGGACGGUCGUCCUGGCACCUCUUCCAUACGGUGAUGGCACGAUACCCUGAGAAACCGACGGGCGAGGACCAGAGGGCGCUGAGUGCAUACGUCUACCUCUUUGCGAGACUGUACCCGUGCGGCGACUGCGCAGCACACUUCAUCAAGCUGCUCAAGACAUACCCUCCGCAGACCUCGUCACGAAACGCAGCAGCAGGCUGGGGCUGCCUGGUACACAACGAGGUGAACAGGCGACUGAAGAAAGAUCCAUUCGACUGUACCAAGAUAGGAGACUUCUACGACUGUGGCUGUGGCGACAAAGCCAAAGACGACAAGAAGUCAGAAGACAAGAGCAAGGGCAAAGACGACAAGAAGAGUGGCCAAGACAGCGCAAAGGAAGCUGGCAAGACGGAGGAGAAGCCCAGGAAACCGAAAAAGCUGCUCUGGGGAGAUAGCAACGGGCCGUUCCCUGGCGGGCCGGUGGAGAUAACAGAUGAGCCGUAA